GGAAGUAGACGACGAAUUAUGAAAUGUACUGUGGCAGUGUAUGGUCGGAUAUGAUAACGCUGAGAUACAUUCGUGGCUUGUAAAGAGUACUGGAAUGUCUCAUAUAUUUGUACAAGUACGAUUGUGACUGACGAAAACACCAACUGAUCGUCAAUCUACGGUGGCGAGUUAAAAUCAGAGGUCAUGUCGGCCAUAAAGAUCGCCCUUCAGCAGAAUCAGAAGAGGAACAGGAGGAAAACACCAGAAACCCAAUCUGCCGAGGUGUCGCCCGACUCAAAGUGUCCUAUCUGCUUGGACCUAUUUAACAACAUUUCCUAUCUGGACAUCUGCCUUCACAAGUUCUGUUUUCGCUGCAUCCAUGAGUGGUCUAAGAACAAGGCCGAGUGCCCUUUAUGCAAGCAGCCGUUUAAUUCAAUAUAUCACAGUAUCAAAUCGGAGCAGGACUUUAAACAAUAUGACCUGAAGCCAGUGACGAAUGGAUCCUUUGGGAUGUUUGGUGGGGUGCGCUUUAGGUACCGCACUACUCUUACUGGAGUGCAACGACAACAAUGGGGACGGACCUCCACCCCGCCAGACAACGGCGUCCUAUUUGAAUCGUCAGCAAAUCCUCCCCAGCAGCGUGAGACUCGCUUCAUGAGGCGCGUUAAGAUGUCGAUGGCGGCCAGGAGGAAAGCCGCAAGCGAAGGCAGGACGCUGCACAACAUCAGAGAGCAAGAAAUGAUCAACUUCAGGCGGGAUCUCUACCGACAGGGGCUGAGGGUUCGCAACGUCCGUGAUGGCGGUCGCUGCCGGGACACUUCAGCUGAGUUCUAUCGCAAGAAUCCUGCCUGUCUACACAGACUCAUCCCGUGGCUUAAACGAGAGCUGGUGGUGCUCUAUGGAGCUCACGGCUCCCUGGUUAACAUAGUGCAGCACAUAAUCAUGUCACGCAUCACACGUGUCGAUGUGGAAGACGGAGCCAUCCAGGAGGAGCUUCGACCAUUUCUUCAGGGCCGCACGGAACAUUUCCUGCACGAGUUCAUUAGCUUUGCAAAGUCCCCUUUCAACAUGGAAGCCUACGAUCAGCACGCCGUGUAUGACGGCUCGACCCACUCCUCUAAUUCAGACAGCAGCUCUACCUCAUCUGUAAUAGCCAUCUCUGAGGAUGAGGGAAGCUCUGUGCACUUAGAACCCCCUCGAACGCCAGGAUACAACACGUCCAAUCUGAGCCUCUCCCUGUGGGACGAUGAGACGCCCGGGCCGUCGUACUCCACCACGGCAGAGCAAAGCAGGGCAGAAAGGGAGUCGGUCCAGAACUCUGAUUCAGAUAGCAGCGUUGAGGAAGGAGCGCAAGAGUUGGCGGAUUCUCCAGCUGAUCAAACCAAAUCGACCCAAAUUCAAGUUGAGGAUAGUUUGUCUUCGGACAGCGACGAUUGUCUCAUUGUAGGUUAUGUGAAGCCCAAUGUUGAUAGAACUCCUGAGCUGGUGCACCUCUCCUCCGAUUCAGAGUCUAUCAGUGACAACAUUAAAGAAGAGCCUCCUGAACCGCAGAAAAGAUCUGGUACACUUAACUCUGGCCGACACAACACAUCCAGCCAAUUGGAAAGUAAAGACCGAGGCCGUCGUGACCGAUCAAGCCAGAAACGCAGCUCGCACAAGAGGAAGAAGUCAAGCCGAGAGCACAGAUGUCACAGCAGGAGCUCAGUUACCUGUCACAGUAGAGAAUAUUCAUACUCUAGCAGCAGAGAAUCUCACCACACAAAUGAUGACAGUAAAUAUCAAAGGAAAGAAUCCUACUUUCGCAGUAGCCGAAAGCUUUCGUAUCGACACACUCGCUCAAGGAGUCGAAGCAGAGACUCAAGGCGACGAGACAGAAGGAAGUCUCGGUCUAGGACUUAUUCCAGCAGUCGCUCGCCGUCAACGUUCUUGAAGAGAUCGCAUCACGACAAGCCUGGUGGCAAGAGAAAGUACAAACUGCGACAUUUGGAGGACCAUCCCAAAGACGACGACACUUGUGAAAGCAAAGAUAAGACCAGGGAAGAGGAGAACAGUAGUCCGAAAGUGGAGCUCGACAAUGAGACAAGUGCUUCCCACCGGAGCAGGCGUCACAAGAAGAAGAAGAAGCACAAGAAGAAGAGUAGAAGGCACAAGAGCAGCGAGCGUGUGGAGAAACGCUCGUCUUUUAUCACCAUCAACAGCGACAGCGAUCACGUUAACACCUCCAGCAGAGACUUAACACCUGUCAACAACGUCACUGGCCAGACAAUGGACUCCAAUUAUCCAGUGCUGACUUGAUAUGCCGACAAAGCUUUUAACUGCAGUAUUUUUAAUUUUACUGCUUCCGAUCAUCACCAACAUGGACUAUUUAGCAACUUCAUUAUAAACAAGGACACAUGGGGAUAUUGUUCUUAAAAGUCGUUUUUGAAAUGUGUUUACUUAAGGCACACUCAGGGAUUAUUUACAGUGAUUUUUUGUCCUGUUAAGUCCCCUAUGCCACAUGACGAUGUUCAUCUGUUGCACUUGGAACAGCAAGAAUAUUUGUAUUAAAUCUUAUUUUAGUGUC